AUGUUCUCAAAAUUUAGUUUACCAAAAACUUACCAAACAUCAGAUAAUUUACAGAUGGGUAUAUUAAUGCCUCGAAUAUUUGAAGCAUUUUUCCAACUUAUUUUAUGUACGACAACUCUUAUGCUGACCUGCAUCAUAAUUGUACAACGUGAAGCGGAAAAUGGAAAAAUAGCUCCUACCAGCGAAGAAAUAAAAAAAUUUCACAGGUUUCGAAAGUAUUUAAAAGCAUACGAAGAAAAACGAUGUGAUAAUAAUUCAUCAAAAACAUCUCCAAUUGAAGGAUUAAAUCUUAAACAAUUCGAAAUCGAAAAUACAAACUAA